CUCGGAGCAUUCCGGAGCUGUUUAGUUCUCGGCCGGAUGUAGGUGGAUGUUCUCGCCUCCAUUCUCUGUAGCGCUGCAACUUUCGUUAGGAGGGAGACAUGAGAUCGGGGAACGGCGGGGUGAGUGGAGCCUGACGUCUGGAAGUCUCCUCCGUGAUGUCUCCUGGAGAGAGCUAAGCGGCGUCAGACCUGGCAAAUUGUCUAAUCCCUUCCCCCUCAGAAAGCUGAUUGAUCACGCUUUGGCCUCAGUCUUUUAAUCACCAUGAAUGAAGUAAUGGUGGUUAAGGAAGGCUGGCUGCAGAAGAGAGGUGAAUACAUAAAGACCUGGAGACCCAGAUACUUUCUUCUGAAGAGUGAUGGCUCAUUCAUUGGGUAUAAGGAAAAGCCAGACUCGUCAGAAAACAGCCUAGCACUGCCUCCCCUCAACAACUUCUCUGUAGGAGAAUGUCAGCUCAUGAAGACAGAGCGUCCCCGGGCCAACACUUUUGUGAUACGAUGCUUGCAGUGGACUACGGUUAUUGAGCGAACUUUUCAUGUGGACACCCCAGAGGAAAGAGAGGAGUGGAUGAGAGCGAUACAAACCGUUGCCAACAGUUUGAAGAACCAGGAGACUGAGGAAGAGGAGACCAUGGAUUUCAAGUGUGGCUCUCCUAGUGACACACCAAGCACCGAAGAGAUGGAUGUGGCAGUGUCCAAGGGGCGGCCCAAAGUGACGAUGAAUGAUUUUGACUAUCUGAAGUUGCUUGGAAAAGGAACAUUCGGGAAGGUAAUCCUGGUCCGAGAAAAGGCAACAGGUCGUUACUAUGCUAUGAAGAUCUUGCGUAAAGAAGUCAUCAUUGCCAAGGAUGAAGUGGCUCACACGGUUACAGAGAGCAGAGUCCUGCAGAACACCAGGCACCCCUUUCUAACGGCUUUGAAAUAUGCCUUUCAGACCAGUGACAGACUCUGCUUCGUUAUGGAGUAUGCUAAUGGAGGAGAGCUGUUUUUUCACCUGUCACGGGAACGAGUCUUCACAGAAGACAGGGCACGGUUUUAUGGUGCAGAGAUUGUGUCUGCCCUGGAAUAUCUCCACUCCAGGAAUGUGGUGUACAGGGACAUAAAGCUGGAGAAUCUCAUGCUGGAUAAGGAUGGUCACGUUAAAAUAACAGAUUUUGGGCUGUGUAAGGAAGGGAUAACAGAUGGGGCCACUAUGAGAACUUUUUGUGGUACCCCAGAGUACCUGGCACCAGAGGUGUUGGAAGACAAUGACUACGGGCGAGCUGUGGACUGGUGGGGGCUGGGAGUGGUAAUGUAUGAGAUGAUGUGCGGCAGGUUACCCUUCUACAAUCAGGACCACGAGAGACUCUUUGAGCUCAUCCUCAUGGAAGAAAUCCGCUAUCCCCGCACACUGGGUCCUGAGGCCAAGUCUCUUCUGGCCGGGCUCCUGAAAAAGGAUCCUAAACAAAGGUUAGGAGGUGGCGCAAAUGAUGCCCAAGAAGUAAUGGAUCACCGGUUCUUUUCUUCUAUUAACUGGCAAGAUGUGACCCAGAGGAAGCUCACCCCUCCCUUCAAGCCGCAAGUCACCUCCGAAAUCGACACCAGAUACUUCGAUGAUGAAUUUACAGCUCAGUCCAUAACAGUAACGCCACCCGACAGAUAUGAUAACCUGGAUGCCUUAGAACCUGACCAGCGCACUCACUUUCCCCAGUUCUCAUACUCAGCCAGCAUUCGGGAGUAGACUUCUCAUUCAAAGAGGCAUUCGGGGAGAGAAUACGAAAGACUCUUAACUGAAAGUGGAGAAAAUUCUGUCCCCUUCUGAAACGGGGCAGUAACUAUGUAUUUGCCUACCGUCCCCGAAUCUUCAAAAAAAGACUACAUCAAUUAGCAGAAUUUACAAACAGAAAAACUAUUAUAACAUGGGCCUUCAUCAUGGAAUGAAAAUACCUUCAUAUCUUUUUAUUGCCUUGUGCUGGUGGGGCAGUAACAGGAUUGUAAGCCAUAGUGUCUGAGAGAGACAGGGGAAAACAUCCCAAAAUCUUUUGCAGCUACUGCCUCCUACAAGAGGCCCAGUCGCUCCUGAGCGUCGUCCAGUCCUUUAUAACGGUACCGUGAUUUUACAAGGGGGAUGGGGGAGGGAUGGAAAACAAGCGUGUAUCACGGAUGGCUUCAUUCGUGUGUUUCGUGGUAGGAAUCAUAGGUUGUAGAAUGUUUGGACGGUUAGUUGGGUCUAAUGGUGCUUUUCCACUCAGUCGGUACAUGCAGGAAACACAUUAUAACCUUUCCCUUCACAUAUUCACAAUCACCUUAUUCUGCAGAAGAGUUGAUGACACACUGACUGUGCUAUAUUGCUCAGCUGCAGUCAGUUCUACACCCUAUAAAUGAACUCUGACACUUCUUAAGUAUGGGGUGUAUAUCGUGAGCACCUGCUUUCCACAGGCAUGUAAGUGGCUUAGCUUCAAUAGCUGAAUUUAUUUGAAUUUAUUCAUUUUUCUUUUUCACUUUUUUUUUUUUUAUGUCCAACAAAUGGAUUUUUCGGGUCGAAAGCAAUAAUUUUGUGUUUAAUGUAUGUGUAACCCUAGAGGUAAAUAUUUAGGUUUUGUUGUUUUUUUUUUUGGUUUUUCGAACUGGCAUGACCCAGCAACAACAAAAAAAAGCGUCUUGACAAUAUAAUUAUCUACCAUCUGGCAAAAUCCAAGCAAGCUCGUUGGUUGAGAGCUUUUUGUCAGACAUGUCCCACCUUCCGACUUUUGUGGAAUGUACCAUUCAUCAGGAGUCCCUGGAAAAUGGGGGGGGGGGUUUAUCGGCUUACUUUUCACCUGAAUUUGCGCCCUUUAAACGCCGUUAUUUUUAUUAAACAAAAGCUGCAGCGUACCAGACAAUAAGCGCUAAAAGCAGCAGUUUGUGGAGCAAUAAUGGAAUCUCUUAUUUUACAGGAUUACUGAAAACUCUGGUGGGUGGGACUGUGUUGUAAUUUGCAGAAGCCUCAUUUAAAGGGGAGGUCCCACACGCCAGUUCUAAAUAUUAAUCUAUUUUUCCUUCCUGAGGAUAGCUGUUAUUUAAUUUAGCUUGUGAAUGUCUUUUUCUUAGAUCUUCCGCAGUCACACUUGUAGUUACGUUUCCAGGAAGUACAGUAGAUAAUUGAAAAUGUCCACCAGAAUGUCAGUUUGAAACCUUUAUGAAAACUGUUAAUUGUGACAGACGGGCCCUUUAAACUUUAUGUUGUAUGAGGUGAAUGUCUCUUAUCUCAAAUUAAUUUUUUUUGUAUUAUGUUUUAGACAUUUGAGAUAAAAACACAGUGUUUUUCUCAUUUACUGUCUUUUUUUUUUUUUUUUCUGGAUAAAAAAAAUAUUUUAA